CUAAAAUAGAAUUCAAUCAUACACAUCAUUUCAACCUAUCAUAAGUAUACAAACAUAAUGUAAAAUCACUUGUCUGAUUGUGAAUCAAAUCACUAUUGUUUUCAUCAUUCACCAAUAUAUAAAGUGAACAACGAAUUCACCUUUCAAUAGUUUAUCCUUUAUCAUUAAUAUUAAAGAGUUAUUCAUAUAUAUUUAUUCAAUAAUAAAGACUUCAAUAUUCAAUUAUUCAUUCAUUAAUACAUUUUAAAUUAAUUUUACAAUUCCAUAAUCCAAAAAAAUAAAAGAAUGAAUAAUUCUGUAAUAAAAAAUGCUGAUAUGUCACAUGAAAUGCAAAAACGUGCACUUGCUAUUGGAAUGGAUUCCGUUCGAAAAUAUGAAUUAGAAAAAGAUAUAGCUGAUCAUUUAAAAAAAGAAUUUGAUACAAGAUAUGGUCCAACAUGGCAUUGUAUAGUGGGAAGAAAUUUUGGCAGAACCUUAACUUUAUCACAGAAGAACACAACUCGCAUAAAGUGUACUUAAAGUGUAGUAAUAAGGAAGGAUAGUUCUAUUUGUAUUACAUGGUACUUGUAAUCGUCUGCAACUAGAUAGAAAAGAAAAACAAUGUUUUAGUACGUAUUGAAGACGUGAAUUAUAGCAUGUUUUGUGAAUAGACGAAAUUGUAAUGAUUUUAUUAACCAUCUAACAUAUUUCAGUUCAUUGAAAUUACGUUAUCUUCUAACUGAACAAUAUCUUUAUGCCAUACAUUGUUCAAGGUAUGAUUUAAAUUGUUUACAUAUACUUCUGAUACGAAGAACUGUGUAGUUAUUUGAUAGCGAAUAUUUGUUGCAUGUGAUUAGGAUUUUGAAAAUCUUUUGUUCUAUGGAUUUAGUGGUUUCAUUGCCUUUAUAGAUAGGAUCGUUUGUACAUAAUUUAAAAAGCAGUUAGUUGUUAGGAUUUAUCCACAGUUAACCAACAGUUUGUUCUGAUGACCUAGAAUUUGAUGUAUUGUUAUUCACGUGUUUUCUUCAUUUAUCAUCCCUCUGUUAUAUCUAGAUUUUAUAUUCUUAAUAUACCGCAUAUAACUUGAGCAUUCGAACGUUAGAAGACAGAAGACCGGAGUAAGUGUUUUUUGGGCAGG